AAGCUCUCCUCCAGCUGUGAUCAGUGCAGUCGUGACGGUGUAAACUUUAACAAAGAUUGGUAAUUGGUUUAUAGGAUUUCCCUCAACUUACGUCCAAUGUCGAUUCUCAACUUCAACGAGGACGAAGUAUUUCAAAGCCUGCAGUGGACAAAUAUGUGGGGAGUUCCAGGGAUAAGUGAAUUCCUAAUUCUAAAUUCAAAAACCCAGGCCCAGCACAACCUCAUAGUAGUUGAUAAACGCCUCUCCGGUAACCCUAUUGUUACAAACCGUCUCAAAAAAUUCGAACUGUUCGCCAUGCUGGACCAUCCUUGCCUUUAUAAAAUUCAAAUUAUCCACCGCACCUUUUCCCGUGACGAAAUUCUGAGCCUGGAUACUCUAAAGAUUUCCCCGGUAGACAGGCCCGAGACAGGUUUGCAUCAAAUGGGCCGGAGAGCUUAAAAACAAUUUUUACUAUCAGAUUUCACCGGGGAACAGAAAAAAUGGGUUAAGGUGGGAAAAAUAUAGUUUGAAGGCGCUUUGACAAAUUUGACAAAUGGCAAAAAUUAAUAUAUAUUCAUACUAUGCUAUUUAUGGUGCCCGUAACACCUAUGCAAUGAACGUACUUCUGUCAGUUUGUUUUCUAUCUCUGCGCCAUACCUCUCAACUGAAAUUGAAAAUGUACGAGGGCUGCGAAUCCGAUCCAAUUGAAUGUGCUUGAUAAUAUGUACGUGCAGUUACCCGAUCCCAUCCGAUCCGGCAAUGUUACAUUUAUCCGGAUGCACAGCCUACACGCAGGUGCACUUGUAUGGAAAACCACCCUUAGCUUUCGUUUUCUAUCUAGUGCUUCAUAUACAGGCCGAGUGUCAGGAGGGUAGAGAUUCCUUUAAAUGUUGGUGUUAAAGCUGUGCAAAUCUAUCAGUUGAUUACAAAUCGGAAAUUGUAAAAUAUAAUGUACGAAACUGUUGUUAUGUAUGCCGGUGAUCGGAGUAACGUUGGGUUCCCGAACAUAUAGUAUAAGUAGUGUUUAUUGAUACAUAUAUGGCAUGCAGCCCUGAUCCACAUUUGGAUCGCGAACAUACCGUAAAUACUCUAUUUAUAGCCGGGACUAAAAUCUAAAACUGAGCCUCACAGACCCGGCUAAAAUUAGAGACCGGUUAUAAUUAGAGACCCGGCUAAAAUAUGUUUCCGCUAUAAUUUGAUACAUUACAAGAUCAGGCAUAACUCAAGUUAACACAAUUUAAGGUUUGUGUUGUUUAAUAAGAUAUGCCAUUAGGACAGCGUUCACCGAAAAUUAAAAUUAAAUCAUCCCCUCUCAACAAGAUUUAGUAGUUUUUUUUAAAUUUUCGGUCACCGUGGUACACAUUCUUAUUAACUCACUCUUUGAUUAACCAAAUAUGCGACAUUUUCGAAGAUGCUGCUAAUACAAACAGCGGACAAGACAUGCCAUAAUUAGAGACCCGGCUACAAUUAGGAACCCGGCUAUAAUUAGAGACCCGGCUAAAAUUUUAGAAUCCUGGGCUCCAGACGCAGCAAUAAAUAGAGACCGGCUAUAAAUAGAAUAGGGCUAUAAAUAGAGUAUUUACAGUAGUUAGAUUUCUGAAAUCUGAAAUUCAUUUUCGAGAAAGUUAACUUUCUUCAUAACGAAAUAAAUACGGGGCCAUAAUUCUUCCCACUUGGAUAUUUGUAAAAACUUUUUUCCUCUACAUAUUUCCCGCCUAUUUUAUAUUAUCGAGAAAAUAAUUGUUUUAAACCUUGACUAUAGGUGACCGUAUUUCCCCAACUUAUGGACGAAUCAACAGUGGAUACAAUUUGCUUAAAAUUGGAACAUCCCCACCGUCUUACUGCUAUAGCGUGGGUAUUUUCUAACCACUAUCGAAGAGAUUCCCCAACAUUUCACCAGCAACAGGUCGUCAUCUUGCAAAAUUUUAUUGAAGUCAUGAAAUAUUUACACUCGAAAAAUAUAUGCGUCGGGAAUUUACUGGGCAGUACGUUCUUCUGCGGGGAAAGUGACACAACAUUAAAUUCCCCGCUGAUUAAGGUUAACUUACCAAAUGGAUUGGCUCCCGUAGGCGAGGCUACAUUCAGUAUAUAGAGAUAUAGAGGGCUUGGCAUCUGUAUUUAUGGAAGUGUUAAUCUGGGGGAACCCAUUAGUUAGAAAUAUCGAAGAAUUAUCAAUACUGGAGAAUAUCGUAUCUGUCGACCAAAUCCAAGUGGAUGUGAUAAAUCGGGAUAACAAAUGAUGAGUUUCCUAAGAGACCCGGCAGCAACGGGAUGGCUGGAUAAGAUACAAUUUACUGGCUAUCUUGGGUCAGGGGCGUUUGGUUUGGUUUUGUCGGCAGUACAUGGACAGGAUGACAAGUCCGCAGAAGCUCCGACUAGCCCAGACGAAGUUUAUUACACCGCUGUCAAAAUCGUUGCGGGACGAGAACCAAAUUCAAUGGAUUACGAUGACGACACUAAUGGCAAUACAGAAACGCCGUAUGCAACAAACACAAAUUAUACGACUUCCGAACCAACCCAACUGUCCAAAGUGAGGUGGGAAUUUCAAAACAUGAAAGCUACUCAACAUCCAAACCUGACCAAACUGUAUCAACUCAAAGAAAUCAAUUUUACGCUCAAACAAAUCCAAUCCUUACCCAGGGUUCUCGACGCUGAUUAUACCAAGUUUAAGUGGAUGCUGGAGAAAAUGGCGAAACUGAAUGAAACCGUUUACUGCAUUGAGAUGGAAUUAUGCGGCCCCAACCUACGAACUUGGUUAGACAAGGUAUCCCCUAUAAGUUCUGAAGAAUUCGACAAUAUUAGAUUGGCCAUUAUUCGUGACAUAAUCGAAGGUAUGAGAUACCUCCACGGCAAGAAUAUUCUUCAUCGAGACUUCAAACCUGCCAAUAUAUUUUUUGCUUCACACGAGAAUAUGUUUCCCGUAAAAAUCGGCGAUUUUGGGUUAUCUCAGACAUCUUCCUCUGCCAUAUUUGUGACCGAUAUUGAAAACAACGACGAUCGGCUGAUCGCUAACUCCAGCUACCACACCGCCAACGUUGGCACCUACUUGUAUCAAGCGCCAGAAAUGAAAAAUCAAACCAUGCCUCGAACCAGGUAUGGGAAACAAGCCGAUAUUUUCAGCCUCGGACUAGUUUUACUGGAAAUUGUGCAACUCUAUAAGACAAGGCAGGACCGGGUGGAAGCAUUUACUUCAAUCGUGGGCAGAAAGGACUUCACAGUAAUUUCCGAUGCUGAUAACUUGGUCAUAACUACCAACGUAAAACAAUUAAUUAUCCACAUGACUGCGAAAGAUCCUAACUCUAGACUUGCCUCAAUGUUUAACGUCUCGUUGUCGGACCGGAAGUACGUACUAGAACGUCACAGCAACUGCAAAAUCAUUUGACCCUCCCUGGAACAAUAAUACUAUCCGAGGGAAUUUACAACGGACCUUUUCUGGUUGAUAUAGACUGCAUCCAUAUUAAGGGCACAUCCUCAACAAGUACUAUUCUACAAAUUUACGAUCUUUCCAUCGGUGACCCUGUCAUAACCAUGACCGGGAACAACUGUUCCAUUUCCAACGUUACCAUUCUUGUUGGUCCUAACAACCAAGGCCUUUUAGUGGCCGGAGCUAACAACGAGGUGCAUAAUAUCACAGUUUCCAGCAUCAGGUCAUGUCUUGGUUUACCAAGACUUUUACCGUCUAGAAGGUAAUGGUGUGUUUCUUCAAGGUGCCCGCACAAACCUGUCCGAUUGUACUCUUUCAAAUGUCAAAUGCGGUAUUCAAAUCCGCCACAAGGGUUACAGUAACUUAAAUCGCGUCAAUCUUACCAUGUGCGCCACCGGAAUAGAAGUCGCGCAUGGCGGGAAUACCAUUUCAAACAUUUACAUCAAAGAUUGCAGCAAAGGAAUCGAAUUGGAUCGUAGCGACAUUAAUGUUCUUGAGGACAUUAUCUGCGUUUUAGGCGAUCAAAUUCCUAAAACUAUUGGAUCCCACGGGAUCUACGUAAGACACGGAGAGCGAAACGUAUUGAGAAGAAUUUUCUGCAAGAAUUAUAGAAGUGGGGACGACUAUGGGAUUUACACGCAACACACGCAACGCUUGGAAAUAUCGAACAGUAGAUUGACUAGCCGUAUUUAUUUGGGUGGCAAUCAUAAUCAGAUGCAAGACGUGGAUGUUGCCGAUCAAUCAAUCGAGGUUGAUGGCGAACAAAUACGGUUAAUCAAAUGUGCAGCAAAAUUAUUUAAAAGUUUUGUAGACGAGAAACAAUUUGUAUGUGAACAGUGUGACUUUGGUGACAUUCAAAUGCAAAAAAGAUGAAAAUUCGAGAUGGCGAUGUAGGGCCAGGGAAUUAAAAAUAGAUCAGCAUUACAUUUCCAAAUGAGUAAUAAAUUAUAUUAAUAAUAUAAACGAAUUCACGUAAAUAGUUUCAUCUCAUAAUAAGCAAUCCUAUCAAACUUUCAUAAUAAGUAUAUAUAUCUUACUGUAUAUAUAGAGGGUUUACUUAUUCAUAUAAUGGUAGGCCUUAAUAUCCACAGGCAGCACAACUUAUAUAUACUUAUAUAUUAAAAAUAAUAUAUUCUGUUAUUGUAGAAAAUCUAAAUUAUACCUAAAUUGAAUUUACUGAAUUUAUUUAAACUGAGACAAAGUUAGUGUUUAAAAUAUGUGUCAAACUUACCAAACAAAAAUGCACACAAUAAAAUUGGCAAAAUAUCAAAAUUUACCUA